GCGGGCGGCGCAGGGGAGGCGGCGAUGGCGGGCGGCUGGCUCUGCGGGUGCCUCUUCUUCGCCGGCGCCUGGUCCUUGAUUCUGGGUCAACUGACGAUCGAAGUUGCUGAGAAUAAGGGGGUUAACUUGCCUUGCACAGCCUUGGGAUCCCAGCGCAACCUGAAGCGUCAGGAAUGGAAGUUCCAGGGGGACGGGACCACCCAGCUGUUCUACCAUGACGACCAGUUCACAGGUAACUACAAGGAUCGUGCCAUCUUCUACCCAAACGAGAUUCAUCUCAAGUCGGUGACCCGCAAAGAUUCGGGCUUGUACACCUGUGAAGUCCUUGGAGAUUCUUUUUCUGAGUCCCAAGUGCAGCUGAUUGUCCAAGUCCCCCCCUCCAAACCCAAAGCCCACGUUCCUUCCGUGGUGACCAUUGGAAACAAGGCGGUCCUGAGAUGCGAGGAGACCGACGCCAAUCCACGGCCGACCUUCAAGUGGUUCAAAAACAACAUCCAGAUGCCCACGGAUCCCCAAACCAGCUCCCUCUUCAGGAACUCGUCCUACACGAUUGACCCGGACACAGGGGUGUUGGCUUUUGAGCCCGCCACGGCCCUGGAUGCGGGGGACUAUUUCUGCGAGGCCCAGAACAAGGUGGGGAGCCCCCAGAAGUCGGAGAUUGUUCGCAUGGAGACCAGUGAACUAAACGUGGGCGGCAUCGUGGCAGCUGUGGUGGUUCUCCUCAUCAUCCUGGGUCUGGUGAUCUUCGGCAUUUGGUUUGCUUAUAACCGGGGUUAUUUCAGCAGUAAGAAAGAACAGAUUUUGAGCUGCCCUUCCCAGGCUGUGCCCAAGGAAAGGUUAAAUCACCAUCUGUCUGGGGUACCAACUGGGAAUCCUGCACCCUUCUGGUUCUGUGAUGCUAAUCUCUCACCUUUCCCUUCUCCGACCGUUUCCAGCAGUACCAAGAAGGUCAUUUACAGCCAGCCUUCCAACCGGAGUGACGGUGAAUUUAAACAGACGUCUUCCUUCUUGGUCUGAUCAUUGCCUGCAUCCUUCAUGUUUUAAACUCCACGCUUCUUGCUCAGGAGUGCUGUAAAUGUUCUUUAUGGAUCUUUGUAAUUAAGUGUGAUUUUUCCAAUUGUUUUUUUAAUAUAUCUAUAUCUAUAUAUAUA